AGUGACCCAGGAAGCUCUUCUUCUGCAUCCAUAAACAUAUUAACGCGCUCGAGAUGGGACGUUGCUGCAUAGAAUCAGAGCCGUGAGAGGAUCCCAGUCCUGUCCGCAGAAGCAGAGCUCUCAGGAUCAGAACGAUGGGCUGACCGGGACAGACCGUGAGCGAGAACCCAGACUGCAACCCGAGAGUGGAUGGUGAGUGCAUGAAGAUUCAUUCAAAUACAUGAAUUCCGUAAGUGCAUCCAUUAAAUCUCAUUUAUUUGAUGCCUAAUGUGAAACAGCAGAGGAGAGGAGUGUGAAAGCUGACAAUACUCUGCAGUGAAAGCUGAUCAAACACAGUAGAGAUAUUAAACGACGUAGUUGAUGCAGAGGAAACCUGAGACUCGCGUCAUAAAUGAAGGAUCCUCCUCCUGCAAAAAUUACACAAAGAAAAAAGUGUAACAUGCACGUACACUAAUACUGGAAGGACAUUUAUGUGGGACAAUCAAACAAGAUCAAAUAACCUCUCUGAGAUGGCUGCAGAAUGAAACAUUUAUUGACUCUUUCAGAAGUAGUUGUUGUACUUUGUCUUUACAACUGAGGAUGCACUUUGUACAGGUGCAGAGCUGCUGAAUUGCAGAAAAUUACAAUGUAGCCCAUCUACUUAUGCUGAGUCUACGACAUUUUAAGCAUUAGAGGAGCAAAAAUGUAUCCCUAUAUUCCAUUUCUAUACAUAGUCUAGUCUUGUAAUUUUUCUCAUUUUUCAAGAUGUAAAACUUCAUUGGAUAAUUGUACACCUUUAUUAUUUUUGAUUGCAAAUUAAUAUUUUCUUUUAGAAUCAGAGAUUAAUUUGACCCAUGUGUUAUUUUUAGCUCUAAAAAGCCAGUACACAGUGCAAAAUGUUCAAGAUUGUGAUGGUUUGCAAAGCAUUUAAAGCGUCACAUGAUUGAAAACAUUGAUGAGGCAAAAUAUCAAAUAUUAAAACAGAACAAACACUCUGAGAGAGACUGAGUUUCCUGAGUGUCAAACGUGAAAGAAUAAGUGGAUUUCAUCAUCUACAGAUCAUAAUAUCACUAAAGGAUUCAGAGAAUCUGGAGAAAUCUCAGUACAAAACGGACAAGGACCAAAAACGAUCCUUGAUGGUUCUGAUCUUCAGGCCCUCAGACAGCACUGCAUUAAAAACAGACAAGGCUCUGCAGUGGAAAUCACUGCAUGUGCUCCAAAUCAAGAAGAAACCAUGUAAAAACAUGAUAUAAACUACCCCCUCCUCUUAAAAGGACUUUUCAAUUCUUACCAAGUCCAUCACUACAUUCUCAAGUUUAGGUCAGUCAGCUUUAUAAUUUUGGCCAUACCUGCACAGCUUUGGCCUUCCUUUCUGGUCCAACCUGAGGGCCCUCUGCCACCGCCCAAAUCACCUGUACUACUUUCCAGUUACCUUUAUUUAGCCACCAGCAAUAGCACUGAAUAUCUAUCAGGAGGAUGGAGACAAUUGGUAAGAAUUGAAGCUGUCCAUCAAGUUUAUGUCAUCCAGGAGGCUCAACGUGAACAUCAUCAGGCGGUUUCAGGGUGCUUUAAUUUACGCAGUUUCCCUGUUAAUGUGAUAGCUAUUAUUUAGCAGAAGGGGGCGCUACAUGUCUUAAAGAUCUGGGUAACUACUCCCAGCUUUUUAGUUGUAGUCUGAAGAAGUUAAUUUUCCUUUAUAUCCUUUUCAACUAAAUAGGAAGAUUUGAUAAGAAAUCUAUCUAUCAUUCAUCUGUCUAUCUAUCUGUCUGUCUGUCUGUCUGUCUGUCUGUCUGUCUGUCUGUCUGUCUGUCUGUUGUUUCAGCAGAUACUUUGGUGAUAUAUAUUUCUUCUUUAGGGCUGUCAAACAUUACAUUUUUCAAUCAUGAUUUGUACAUGAUUGUCCAUAAUUAAGCCGUUAUUAAUCUCAUAUUCAUUGCACAUCCCAUUAAUGUUGUAAGUGUAAGUUGAAGGGAUAUUUUUUAAGUUUUUAAGACUCUUGUCAGAGUUGUUGUUGACAAAUGUGCUUUCUCUUUGCAAAUGUAUUAUUAUUAGUAAUUAUAGCAGCGGUAAUGGUUGGUACUAAUGAUUUUAUAAGAACUUUAUUCUUCUGAGAAAAUGAGAGCUUUUUUAAGUCUUAGAAAAAAAAUGUAAAUUUGGCCUUAAUACUAUCAUAUAUCAUCAGGAAUGUAAAUGACUAAGACGUUUAGACACAGAGGAUGAUUUAAGGUGCAUGACCCCCCAAAGUCUGGUUUAUUUAGUCCAAAAUAAAGGUCCAUAAUCUAAAACCUUGUCCACAGUCCUCAGUGUCUUAGAUAUUGUCAAAGAAAACAAAUGCACAAAUAAACCACCAAACUCCUGUAUUAUACAGUUUUAAAGUACUCAUGUUGUCAGUGGAGUCUAGGGCAAAGUUACUACUUUUUCUCUCACAGUCUGUCCCCUCAGGGCUCUCUUCCUCCAGAAUCAGUGCAUUUGAAGCCACAACCGCACUCUCUUGUCACCAUAAAUAGAAAAAGAGUUGUUUGUAUUCUUGGAAGAUGUCUUACUGAUAACUGACUUCUGUAAACUGAGACCUUUACGUCCCUUUAAGGCCGCUUCUUUAAACUGAGGAAGUGAAGACGGAUCACUUCCUUCGCUGAGCCGAGGCCUGAGCAGUUUGACACAGUUAAAGAAAAACUGACACAACAAAGACCACACAGUGUAAAGCAGAUUUUCCACUCCUCAAUGCACCUCAGCAAACACACAGACCUGAAGCUCCUCACCUUGAAGACGAUUGGGGGCCUCUGCAGACUAAAAUGUCAAAUUCUUUCACAAUCAUCAGUCGUGCUGUUCUGAUUUCCUUUUUUACUCAAACAUUUUAGCAGAAAAAUUCUCCACUUUUAAUCUCAAACAAGAUGUUUGACCGAAAAUUCGAUUCUCAUAGAUGACCUUCUCUUGUAAAAAUAUUUCCAUAAUUCUUGUUAAUUUAUGACUUUUUUCUCAUAGAUUCACAGCUUUUCUUUCCUCCAAAUCUACAACUUUAUACUCAGUAAAUUUACAAGUUUAUUCUCCCAGAUUGACUUCUUUCAAACAACUUUUUAUCUUACAACUUCCUCAUAAAUUUGUCCUCAUAACUUUAUUCUUGUAUAUCUUUCCAAUUUUUAGGGGAAUUUACCUUUUUAUUUCUGUAAGUUCAUUUUUGCCUCCCCCCCCCCAAAAUUAAGCAGAUAUUACACUUUUUUCUCCUUAAUAAACAACUUUUCUAUUCAUGAACUUAUUUAUUUUUUUCAUAGAUUUUCAGCUUUAUUUAUGCUAAUACACAUUUUUCUUAGUCUUUUACAAACCAUUUCAUGUAAAUUCACCACUUAUUUCCUUUGGUAGUCCGUACUAUGAGCUUAAACUUUGUUCUUGUAAAUUUGUGGCUCUCUUCUUGUUAUUUCUUACUUUUUGUGUUUACAGCUAUUUUCUCAUCAGUUUAUGACUAUACUCUGGUAAAUGUACUAGUUUAUUCUCUAGAUUUGCGACUCCUUUCUCAUAAAUCCAGUACUGAUAUCUGACAAGUUUUUUGCAAAUUUUUUUUUACUUAAUUCCCAUACAUUUACAACUUUUGACAUGUAGAGUUAAGCUUUUUAUCUCAUAUAGUAGUAACUUCUUAAUGAUUUGUCUAUUUCCUGAUUUAUUAACAGCUUAAAUUAUUAGAUAAGCCUGUAGAUAAAAGUUUGUCAUUGAAAAUGUAACAUUUUGUUUUCUUUUGACGUGGCCUAAAUCUCAGUAAGAUGAUUUCUUUUCAUUUUUGCCCACUAACUUUUAUCAUUUCCUCAACACCAAAUAGUCUUUUUUGCAGCAGUGUCAACAGGCAGAGAGGAAAUGAGCCAGACCUCUUUCUGCAGGUUGAUUUGAUUUGGCCUGUGGUUGUUCCUGGCAUUGUUUCUGCUUUGAAAGUUAAUCACUGGUGGUUUGACCAAUCAGACUCAAGUAUUUAACACAGCCAGGUUAUAAAAAGUGAUGAAUUAGCUUAGCAUUAGCACUCUACCUACAUCAGUAAAUUUUAUAUUUAGAUUCCUUUUUUCUGGGUCAUAAGAUUUCCUGCGACAAAUAAAAAUGAAUAAAUAAAUGAAUGUGUUAUAUAAAUGAAGUGUUAUAGCAUAAAUAGAGGCCAUUUUGCUGAAAUUGAAUAAUUAAUAAAAAUGAAAAUAUCUCUAAAUAAUGAAUUCAUUCGAACUAAAAGGAAGAUUUUGAAGGUAUAAGUUAAAAAUUAAAUCACACAAAUGCAUACAAAACAAAUGAUUAAAAUGAUUAGAAUUAUAUUAAUCAAUAAAAUUUCUAUCAAAUAGGCCAUGAAUCAUUUUAAAUGAAAAGACAGAGACUGAAGACAAAAAAAUUGAAAGAGUUUAAACAAAAGCUAAAACAGACCUGCGGCCCCUUCAUUCACUUAAAACCAGCUCAGAGCCUCUCAGUUAUUUUCUUAUCAAUAAGUUGUUUCAUCUUCCUGUCUCUCAAUAACAAAAUAAUCAUCUGUAACUAUGAUGAAACCCUUCUGUGCAUCGCCUCCAUCAUAAAGUGACUCGUCUGUUUGCAGUAGUCACUUCCUGCACCGUGUUGCGGGGCGGUGGUGUUGGUCAGUGUUCAGAUAAAAAAAAAAGGAAGUAAAAGAAUAAAAAUGUGAAGGAAGUCGUUGAAAUGAGGAAGCUUCAGAGUUGCUCGGCCUGGCUGUGACUCUGUGCCUCAGACUCUUCACCUGCUGAUCAGUGUUAGAGAUUGAUUUUUGAGAUCAUUAACAUUCAAACCUCUGUGUUUCUGAGGGUGUGGAUAAACGCUGACUGACCUCCUCUCAUGUUGUUCAGUCUGCAGACGGCUGAUGGAGGACUGAAGGAAAGACCUGCGGACGACUGACGCUCUGAGACUCUGAGGCUGCUUCGACACAUCCAGAACAGUAAGAUCGAGAAGCGUUUUCUCUUAUUAGUCCGAUUAAAAUUAGACUUCUGAUCUCUACCUGCAAAAUAUUUGCCCUAAAGUCAACACAUUUUGAGCUUUAACAUCAGUCUAACCAGAAGAUAACACCUUUUUUUUCGUUCUCACUUUUUUAUCUUAAAGCUUCUAAAGGGUCGAGGUUGCUCCACAUUUCCUAAAUGAGUUUCAAAAAUUAAAAUUAUUUCAUGGAAUUAAACAGCAGAUAAUCUUCUUAUGUCUGUUUUAGUUAAAUUUAUCACCUCUGAGGGUUCCUUCAUUGACUUUCCCUCCAUAACGCUUAAGAGUUCAAACACUUGUACUCAAAAAGCUCUUAAUUUGUGAUGCUGUUCAAUUGUUGGAAUACUAAGUUCAAAUCUAAAGUUUAUUUUAGUAUUGAUAUGUCUCUAAAUCCAAAGUGGAUUAAAAAUACUGGUUAAGCUGUGAAGUUCUCAAAACAUAUAUUGUUUUACAAAUUUGUAUAUAUCAUGAAAGAUGAACCUCAGCAGUAAAAGGUCAUUCUUACAGCAUUCUUGAUAUGUUGAUGCCUCCAAAAUAUGUUCCCGGUAAAUUUUAUGGUAUUACUCCAAAAAUGAUGUUUUAUUUGUAUAGAACUUUCUAAUACAAGUCACAAAGCGUUUCAUAAGGCAAUAAAACAGUUAAUAAAGCUAAGAGAUAAAUGAAAUUGGAGAUAAAACAUUAAAAUCAAAAGUAGAACCACAAAAGAAAGUUUUUUGUUUUUUUUAGAAAGGUGUGGCUGUCUUAAAUAUCACAUGGUUUUCUUCUACUGUACUUACUACUGUAAAAGACCAAAGCACAUUAAUGAUUUGAUUGUGGUGCCUUUUGUAACUGUUUUUAAGAAACUCAAAGGUUUGUGUGGUAACAACCACCUUGUACUGAAUGUUCAUAGGACAAAGGAGAUGGUGUUUGACCCUCAGGUGACCUCAGACCUGUGCUUUUCCACAUCGCGCCCUUGUUCAGGACAGGUCCACUCAGACGAAUAUCUCGGUGUCUUCUCUGAUGCAGAUUACAACAGAGCCUGUGUUUUUUACGCCACCCAAGGGUCUGUGGUGUUGAUCAAAAAUGUUGUUUAUAUUCUGUCAGACAGGUCUGGACAGUCCAAUCAGGUUCAGUAUCGCCAUUUUAAUCGUUUAAAAAAACUGGUUAAUUGGUACUCCAUGGAGAGGAUCAUUGGUGUUGAGUGUAUCUCGAGUAUUUAUGAACAGACAACCUCACAACAAACCAGUAAGAUCAUCGUCAACACGUCUCAUGUUUUGCACACAGACUUUUGCGGCAGACUUAACAGAUUCAAACAUUGACUUAUUCCUACACUGAAUAAACUUAGAGUGAAAGCCAAACGUCUGGAGUUGAUGUUUCGUGUAUUUUGCACCAAAGCUGGACGCGCUAAACAUUCCUCAAUGUUACAUAUUCAUUAUGAAUUUCUUUCGGAGUCAGUGUCUUGCGUUGAUUUGUAUGAACUUGUACUUUAAUUUGCACAUGGUCGUGUAUUUAAAGAUGGUUUUUAUGUACGUUCUCUGUGGCACAGACUUUUAAAUAUUGGACACUCUGAAAAUGCAGUUGCAUGGUUUUUAAAUGACUUCCAUGAUCAGUCUCAUUGCAAUAGGUAUGAUGGCCUCUGAUCCAUAAAGGUGUGCACAGGGUUAUGUAUUAGGCCCCCUUUGGUGACUAUUUAUAUGAAUAAUCAGCACACAGUUACAUACUGAUGUGCAGCAACUCCCAUACCUCGUUUAUAAAGCAAUUUCAGGCCUGUAACCACACUAUCUUUGUGUUUAUAUCAAACAGACAAGUACCAGUCAGUGUUUAAUACGCUCUCAAGGACUUCUUCCAGAAAGCUUGCACAGAAAAUGGUAAAAGGGCUUUUGGGUUUUCUGCUGGAAUUUAUGGUAGAAUGAUGUUAAACUUUGAGGAGCGGGUCUGAAGAAGAUUCUUGAGGAUGUUGAUUUAAGAUUACCUAGUUGCACAAAUGACUCUGAGGUAGUCUCUCUUUUUACAUGUUAAUUUCAAUGCUUAUGGACUCUGCUGAUGCUCUUUGUGUUUCUAUCGGACUCUAUAGGGAGUUUCAUAAUCUGGGUGGGACCAACCUUGUUAAAUUAAGGUUGAUUCAAAUGAAAAAGUUGGGUUUUACAACCCCCCGGGGUCAUUCUAACGUUAAUUGUACUGUACCAUACUGUUUAUUUUGUUUAUUAUUUACUUUAAGGGCUUUUUAUUGGCAUUUGAAUUGCAUGUUCCACCCCUAAUACUUUAUGUUGUUACUGAUUGAGAAGAAGAAUUUUAGGCCUUCCCUUUUUUAUUUAUGGCAGAUCAGAAAUGAUGUUCUCAGCAUAUGUUCUCCACCUGGUAUCAUCAUUUGUCCUCAAACAGCAUUCUUAGUUCCCUACAACCUUUUCUCUGCACUCACACUCAGCAGCUCCUCUCAACUUUUUCUUCUCCUUUAAGUCACUAAAAUAAGACAACUUGUUGGAUUAAGUUUCACUUGUGGUGCUAUUACGACAACAGGUGAUUCACGCGCUGAUGGGGAUUGUUAUAAAUGACAAAAUGUUUCUUAACUGCCCAAAACUACAAGUGCAGAAGCACGUCCACAUGCAUGAGGACAUAUUUCUCACCUAAUGUAGUAUCUACCUCUCAUCAACAUGUUAACGGAGUUUAAUGUCAAUGAAAUUUAAGAUUUAGGAAAACAACUUCCCAAGUGGAGGUUUUUUUAAAUGGAUGUUUUCAUGCGGACGGCAAAAAAAACUAAUGUUUUGAGAGGCACUGACAUUCUUGUGCACCGCAGUUGUUUUUAAUAUUUGAAAACUUUGCUUCAUCAUCACAGUGAAAGCACUGUCGACUCACCUGCCACUUUAGAUCCUCAGGUGGAGCCAUCCUGGUCAGUCCAGAGUCCAGAUUAAGAUGUUAAGAUGGAGACAUGAGGCGUGCCAACUAUCUGAUGUUUUUUUUUAGCAUUACACAAAUUUUGACCCUUCUCGUUGUUCCUCUGGCAACUUUUUACUUGUUUGGUUGUUCCUCUACAACAACCUUUGACCUCUCUGGUUGUUCCUCGUUCAACUUUUUAAAAAUGUGUUUGCUUCCAAUUUAAAAUGAGCACUGUUUUUUCAUGAAACAAGAACAUGUUUCACACAAUAUUUAGUGCUUCAUCUUUGCACCAUUUUCAGUUAAAUAUGGAGUUGAUAUAAUUUGCAAACCAUCAAAUUCAGUUUUUAACAACAUUUAACACAGUACCCCUACUUUUGGGUACUUUUGGGGGACUGUUUCGUCUGGGUUUUUCCUCUGCGGUUGCCUUAAUGUCAGCAUAUGAGGGAUUUUGAGGAUGAAGGUUGUUCACUUGAUUGCUCAGUUGACCUAAAAACUUUCAAAUAGCUUGCUCUGUAUUCAGGCUGCUGUUUGUUUUCUCAUUAUUUUAGAUUUUUAAUGAAUAAAAAAGGCAUUUCUGCUAAUACUGAUCAUCAAGUUAGAAACAAAACCCUUAUUGAACUAUUAAAAGCUUUAAAAUGUCUCGAUCCUCUUGCGGACGGAGGAUACAUCAUCCAUGAUUUCCAUAAGAAUGUCAAUCUUUAACUACUCAAAGCUGAUUUAUGAAAAUCCAAAUAUACAUGAGGAUAGAUUAUCUUCUGGAUGUAUGUCAGUCAGAGGAUAGGAUAGGUAGUAGUGAGAGGUUUUGCACAGGUGUUUAUCUUUUAUCAUACCUGCAGAGAAUAGUGGUGUAUGGUUUCGUUUUUAUGUUUCUGGUAGUUUCCCUCAGUGGUCAGUCAAACAUGUUAAUGUCUGUGAGUCUUUUAUAAAAGCUGAUUUGCAGAGCAGGGGGUUUCACGAGUGUGAUGUUGAGGCCGUGUUGUGGUUUUUCUACAUUGUGAUGACUACUAAGAGGAAGAGUGAACGUUUAUUCAAUACAACUCAGGAUCUUUGAGCCGCAGGUCAGUGUGUCAACUCUAGAGAUUUACUCUGCUCAAGCAGGGAUCAGUUAUCAAUCAGUCUGUCCACUGGUUCAUCCAUCACAUCAGAUUAUUGCUUUAAAAGUGGGUUUGAGAUUCAUGGUCUCCAGUCCAAAGACAGGUUGGAAUUGACUGUGACUUUCACUUCAGCUCUUCGCUCAGUUGUUCUAAAAUCUGUUCAAUUCAUAAACAUUCAUGGCUUCCAAUUGAUAAAAUCUGAUAUCUAAAAAUACUGAAUUUAAUAAAACUGGAAAAGGAGAUGAGCAGGAAAUCAACUGAUAGGUCCGGGAUCAUUCAUUAUGUAUAAGCGAUGUUUGUUUUUGUCUCUGGUUUUCAGGUUGCUUGCAGCCUGGUGACUGAUCUUUGACUUCCACUCCAGAACCACCUCUGAAUCAGAAUCCAACAUGGCUGACAAUGUAAACUCAUUACCGUUCUUCUACGGGAACAUCACCCGAGAGGAUGCGGAGGACUACCUGCGUCAGAUGGGCUCCAUAAACGGCCUGUACCUGCUGAGACAGAGCAGGAACUACCUAGGUGGCUUUGCUCUGUCCGUGCUGCACUCGGGCCGCUGCUACCACUACACCAUCGAGAGACAGCCUGACCAGACCUACGCCAUCGCUGGGGGGAAGAGCCACCGCAGCCCACAGGACGUCAUCGACUACCACUCCCAGGAGCCAGACGGGCUGGUGUGUCUGCUAAAGAAGCCGUGCAACAGACCCAAAAAUAUGCAGCCCAAAGUGGGCGCCUUUGAGGACCUGAAGGAGAAGUUGAUUCGGGAGUACGUAAAGCAGACCUGGAACCUGCAGGUCAGUCUGGAAACUUUCUCUACUGACAGAAAAAUACAUUUAAACCCAGUGAUAUCUGACUCUGUUCACAAGCGAUCACAUGACCCAGUGCUGUUUUAACAGUGUGUCAGGGGUUCAGUAUUUACAGGUUAGUGUCGGUUUAUGGAGGAUUAUUCAAAGUAUAAGAAAAAUGUUAAGCUGAAACCUAAAAGAUGAUGACAACUUGUAAUAAUAUAAUAUAUAUCAAUUUCUAAAUAUUUAUAGUUUAGUUUAUUCAUAUUCAAAUAUUACUGUGGUGUUGUAUUUUUGCUUUAUUGCGAUGGCUAAGGACCUGACUCACAAAAGGACUGGGUGACUUUUGCAUCCACUAAACCUGUGCACACGACAAAAAGACAUAGUCCACCACACAAAGCGUGUACGACAGAAUAAAUGCACCACAAAUUGCACUGCAGAGCAAAUAGCGUGUCUUGUGGCCACUGUGCAUUUACAUGGGGCAAAAUAUAGGCAUCUCUCUACACAGACGAGUCUCCAUGUAAAAAAUACCACAUUCACAAACACUAACGGUCACAUGCUGUUAGAGUGCAAUUGAACUGCCUGCUGAAAGCUGGUGGUAACUGUGCUUCAGUAUUUGAAACCAAAAGAACAGCAAUUGAUUCAUUCAGUUUUAUAUAGACGUACACAUGAAGUACUUCAAUACAGGGCAUGAUGGAUGUAGAGGCUGUUGUCCAUGCAAAUGUAGUCAUUAAACACUGUAUGUGUGCGUGUGUGCCUGUGCAGGGAGCGGCUCUGGAGCAGGCCAUCAUCAGUCAAAGACCUCAGCUGGAGAAGCUCAUUGCCACCACGGCUCACCAGAAGAUGCCAUGGUUUCAUGGAAUGAUCACACGGGAAGACUCGGAGCCGCGGCUGCAGAGUGGAUCACGGGCAAACGGGAAAUUCCUGUGAGUUUUUAAAUUCCAAAAUUAUUUAGCGAAUUGCUGCAAAAAAGCGGAGUUUGAGUCAGACUCAGGUACCAAAUCAACUUCAUUCAUCCAAAUUUCAGCCAGAAAGAGGGUUAAGUUAUGUUUUGCAGUAUGGUUCUGUUCUGAAAGCUUCAACCUUAAUGUGCAUAUGUAGAGGGCCAAAACCUGAGACAUUGGGAGAGAAGGGGCACACCUCCCCUCUAUUUCAUGUGCAUGCAUGAAAAGUUGAGGCACAGAGAACAGCCGGUAGAACUUCCAAGGUGCUGGGCAUAACAGGCACCAGUGCUGUUCUAUACGACACUGGUAAAGUCAGACUCAGAGUAAAAAGAAGGAAUUGAGGUGAAGGCAGGGAGAGCAGCAGCAAAGAAGAAAGCAGGCCUCAGUGACAAAAUGCAUGAGCAUCAAUGGUGGGUGUUGUGUAGUUGCAGAAACAAACUGUUUAGAGGCCAAAGCUUAGUCUGACCAUCCAACUCUGUUAGAUUUAUGUUUGGGUAUAAAAGUACAGAUUAGCAAACUAGGUGUAUAAGCAAAGUAGCUGGGGCAGGCUUUUCGCAUCAAGACGUCCACAAAAGUCAAAUCUACACCCAGAAGUCUGUGGCCUGGAUCAGGGGGUAGAGAACAUGUACCAAACCCACAGAAGUUUGCAUAAGACUUCUUUUCACAACAGAGACAGUAAUGGCUCUGCUGGUCCCCUCAGUGCUGUUGUAAACACUUAUGAAAUACAUCCACAGUCUGCACAAAUUCUGCAGCACUACAUAAAUCGUUAAAUUCUUGUGAAUUUACAAGUUAAAGGAUGUCUUUUACUUGAAAAGAUGUGUAUUUAUAGUAGCUCAAGCUUUGGUUGGGAGGCGGGGGGAGUCUCAGCUGAAGACACACACACUUAAAUACACACACACCAACAAACACUGUGGUUUCCGCUCUGGCAGUUUGCAAAGGACUUCCUGAAGUAGCCAAAAAAGAAGAAGAAGAAGAAGGCGAGACUGUUCUGUCCUUUUUCUCACAAAGCAUCUCAAACACUUACAAGUUAGUUUCAGGUUAUUGAUUAAGAUCGAAUAAAUUGAGAUCAAUCAUUUAAAAAACUCAGUACACAGAGCUAAAACUGCUUCAACAUGCGGCCAGCAAACACUGACAUAAGUUUUUUUCUUCAAUACAUUAAAAAUAUUACAUUUCUGUAAUAUUUUUGCAUUAUUUUAUCCCUUUAUUUUUACUUUUGGUCUAAAAAUGGAUCAGCUCAGUCACUGAAAAUGAUUCGGAGGUUUAACAUUUCUUGUUUGGGGUCUAUAAGAGCUUUUCUAUUUGAACGUAACGCCACUGCUGCUUCUCUCUGAGACCCUCAUGUUUAAAACUGACGAUACAAAGAAAAUUAUCCCACAUAUAUAUCUAAUAGGACAUAUGCCAAAUGAAUAUUGCGUUAAACCCCUGCUCUGUUUUAAUGUCAAAAUACAUUUAUUGCUGCAUUAGUUUUGCCUAAUGGAGGUUCAACAUUGUAGCAUUGAAGAUAAAUGUAUUUUUUAAUACAUUUAUAAUAAUGGCACCAAUUUUAUUUCAGUCACUGCGAUGAUGAUAUCGUGUGUGUGUGUGUAAAAAGCAGGGUCAAAUAUUGUUAAAAGAGGAAGAGUGAAUGACGUUAAUUUCCAGCAGAUUAAUAACAUGACUGGGCUUUAAAAAACAUUCACACAUUGACAUUUUAGGAUAAUGUGAAAGAAUGAGUGGAUUUCAUCAUACUGAACAUAAUAUCAAUAAAAGAUUCAGACAAUCUGGAGAAAUCUCUGUAUCAUAAAAACAACCAUUCCCCUUAUCUGCUGUUUUAAAAUGUGUCACUGGAAUCAAAUUUAAAUUGUUGAUAAAUUUGAUCAUAAAACAAAAACAUUUUUCAGUUUUAACAUGUGAUAUAUUGUCUUUGCACUAUUUUUAUUGAAAUAUUGUUUGGAAAUUACUCAUAAACCAUAAAAAUCUGUCUUUAUCAAAGUUAUAUACAUGUACCUUAUCAACCAGCCUUUGAAAUUGUAACCCAUCUUUAGAGGACAUGCCAAUUGAAUAAUAAUAGUAAUAAUAAUAAUAGUAGUAAUAAUAAUAAUAAUAAUAAUAAUAAUAAUAAUAAUAAUAAUAAUAAUUCAAGAAAAACUAGGUCCAAAUAUAACAUUUGUAUGAUGGAGCUACUGUAAAAAAAAACAUUUAUUUCAGGGUUAAAGCUGUAAUCCCAAAGGAAAAAAAGAACAUUUUUUAAGGUGCGGUAAGUCCACAGGUGUUUUAAAGAGACCUGCAUUACAACGAGGACCAUGGAGCACAUUAUAAUGUUUUGGUAAAGGUCAGAAACACUGGACAUCCUGGUAGGGUAAUUUUUUUGUCACGUUAACACCAGAAACCAAGUCCAAUAGGCAAAAUGAUGCUUUUUUAAAAUCAUAAUUUCUAUUAUUCUUCCAAUUAUUUCAUUGUGUUUAAAAAAUCUGAUAUUUUUUCCCUAAAUGUGGCCUGUUAAACUCCACGGAGGGUUUAACAUCUGUUUACAGUAUUUAUUUUAAAUCAACAUAAGGUGCUCUCAUAGAGGUUCAGCUCUCAAUCCCCUCAUGCCCCUCAUCCCAGUAUUGAUCUUUUCAGAUAAAUUACUUAUACUACAUGACCUGUAUCGUCCUCAAACAUCCAAACAUGAAGACGGAUGAAAAUAGAUGAGCAGCGAGAGCGAAAACAUCACAAGGUUUAUCGGAUAGUUACUUCCCUUCGCUUGUGUUUCAGACAUUUAGGCCCUUCACACCUCAGGGUGGCUUUACAGCUAGCUCUGGCGCUCUGAAAUCACCCUCGUCCACACCAUCGCUCACAUAACACUGUACGCUCACACUAAGAGAGAAAAAAACCCAAAAGAGUCUGAAAAGAGAAGUAUGGUGCUAUCAGCUUUUGCACUUCAUUGGUUUCAUUUUAACAGCUGCUUGCUGCAAACGUGUUUAUUUAUGCUGGAGUGUUGGACAUCUUUAUGAGCCUCUUUGGGUUUUGACUUACAGUAGAAGACAGCCUCUAGUGGACACUGAAACAAGUGUAGCUUUUGGUACAGUUGUUAUUUCUAAGUUAAGAAAUAUGGCCUGAGAUGGCAUUUUAUACUUAAAACUCCUAUUAGAAACUUUCAGUUUGUGUCUUUUUGGCGCCCCCUUUGGUCAAAACAGCCUCAACAUGCUGACGUUGUGUCCAAUGACAUUAAAAUGUUAAUAUAAAAACCACCAAUCUUGUCCCUUAUGGUUUUAUUUGCCUUUCUCCAUUAUAAAAAACAUCAAUAUGAAUUUUAGUCUUUUUCAAUAAUUUCAAAAAACUCUCCACAGUUACUUAAAGCAAAGAAAAAAUCUGAAUUUUACACUUGUGAAGGUGCCACAGUGUAAAUAACUUUAUAACCAACAACUACAACAUUAAAAUUUGUCUUCCUUUCAUCCUAGAAUCAUCAGUAUCAUCUUUCUUUUCCUUUUUGACUGAGAUGCUUGUUUUCUCUCCUCAUAUGAGUUCAGGAUCCGACAGAGGGACCAGAACGGCUCUUACGCUCUGUGUUUACUCCAUGAGGGACAGGUCAUGCACUAUCGUAUCGACAGAGACAGUGCCGGAAAACUCUCCAUCCCGGACGGCAAGAAGUUUGACACGCUGUGGCAGGUAAGUCAUUUUCAGAUGUCAAAUUAUACCCAGCUGCUUUUUACCUCAGAUACUUAAGAUGAUGUACUCCAGGUUAUUUUUCUACUGAAAAAAAAUUAAAGCUCACUUUUAAGCCUAAAAAAUUUUGAAAUACGAAAAGUAGGUCAAGGUCUUAAUGUUGUGCAGUUGGUGCAAUUUUUGUGCACCUAAUGGAGCUUUUACUUAGGGGGCUGUUGACUCUGAAAACUGUGAAGUAUUGAAAGGUUUCUGCUGUUAUUUUAGACAAAAAAAGCUUCAGGCAGAUGAAAAUACAAACUUUUGAAACCAGGUCCUAGAGUAGAGUAUUUUGAGCAUGUAAACUGGAAGUACUAGGCCUGUAAAACUGGAUAAGUAACAGCCCAUCCACACAUAAGUAUCCCAAAUAGCAAUGGACAAGUAGUUCAACCAACACUUUCACUAAGGCGGGUGAGUUAUUGGACUGUUUUAGAUAUGUUUUGCAGUAUAGCUCUGUUGUGAGAUCUCACUGCCCUUCCACAUGUGUAUGUGAAAUCUCAAAGCCUGAGGUGGGGAGAGCACGCUUCGCCUUUGUUUCAUCUGCAUGUAUGAAAAGCCAAGGCAGGGAGAACAGCAGCAAAGACCCCAAAGCACAGCGCAGAUGAGCGGGCAUCAGUGGUAAAAUCACACUCUACAUAAAAAGGAAGAGCUUAUGAGACAAAAAAUGACCGUCUCCAAAUAGCACUGCUGUCAUGAAGCCAGCAGGUCCAUGCAGCGUCUCUAGUUUUGACCAGACACAACUAGAUCACAGUUUUGGUUUUGGUAUCUGUACAAAUACAAUGACAUCCAGCCACGUUACCCCACUGAAGACACAGAGAAGCUGCACGCAGUGACUGCACCCAGCUGUUCAUUGUCUAAAACUAGUUCCAGCAAGUAAACACCCCCUAAAAACCACAAAAUUAUCUGUUUGACUGCAGAUGAAUCAAAUAAGAAAUAUUCAAAUUAGACUUCUUUAGAUGAGGCUGUGGGUGUAAUGUGGUCGUUACAGUAAGUGCUGAUUUGCUUGAAUGUUCAUAGUAUCGCUUGAAGGAGUGCAUGUGUUCAGGAAGAUUACAUUUAUUAUAUCAUAUUUUUAAACUUCAGGCUAACCUAUAAUUGCUGCUUCCCUCUACAGUCUCCACAGCUGUGUUCACACAUGAACAAAACCCCUGAAUACUUCCUGCUGAGCUGCAUGUUUGAAUGAAAACACCCGAUUCUUUACACCUCAACUUUGCCAAGACUUUUUUCUUGCCAGAAUCUUCCAGAAAUAGUUAAAAAGUAUUGAUUAGGAUAAAAAAACAGGCAUAUAUUGCACUUUAUUGAAUGCAUAAAGCCAUAAAAUGUGAUAGUGAUAACAAUAGAUGGCGUGAGGUUUUGUCGCAGCACCACCACAUGCCAUCUGCUCUCUGUGGUGCAGCUCAUAAAUAAAGCUUAAAGCCGUGGCUGCUGGUUGCUAAUUUCUGACACAUGCUAUCCUGUUUUUUUCUUUAAACACAGGCUUUAAUAUUCAAAUGUUUUCAGGCUUUAUUGACCAAUACACAUAAACCCUUAAUUUUUUAUCUUAAACCUUUGUAAAGAGAGGUCUUCCCAUCGAGGUGUGAGGUUUUAAUUUGAACACAAAUGAACGCAACUAUAACAACCCUGAGUGACACACAUUCAGCACAAAGGAGCAAUAGCAUACCAACAAUACAAUCACAAAAUACAGGCAUACCUGUGAUAUAGUUCAAAACACAAAUCCUGCCAAACUCCAUAAUAAUAAUAAUAAUAACUUGAUUUUUAAACACAGAGGUUUACAAAGUGUUUUGACAAAUAGUCAUGCAGCACAGAACGAAAACACACAGAAAUAAAAACGGAUAAAAACAAAAGCUCAGUUAAAACAAGGCCUCAGAAUUGAGGGCCAUUUUCAUUUGUCAUAAGGAACUCCGACAAUACAAGAACCCUGCAACAUAUAAUGAGACCAUGAGGUACAAAAUAAAAAACAUAAAAUUGGUAAGAAAAAGAAUAUGCAAUAAAAAAGGGGGUUUGAAAGCAGAAAACAGGAUAGUAAAUAUAAAAAGACAAUAUUAAUAAUGAUAAUAAAAUAACAAAAUAAGAAUGAUAAUAAUAGUAAUGAUAAAAUAGAAUAACAAAAAUAAGGAUGAGAAAAAAACAAGGCCUCAAAGGUUAAAUAAGAGAAGAUUAUAAGUAUAAGAAAAGCUAAAAAGACAGUCAAGAAAUAAGAUAGAGGUAAAAGAGAAAAAAGACAAAAAACGGCAUCACAUAAAAGCAUAUCUUUAGAACAGCGUUUUUAAGAUUGACUUAAAAGAAGCGACUGUCUCUGCACGCCUCAUCUCCUCUGGCAGGUCGUUCCAGUGGAGCUCUGAUGGAGGAAGCUCUAUCAGCUUUAGUUUUCCUGACCAUUAUUAUAGUCAGGAAAUUUGGAAAAGAAAGCUUUGUCUCAAGAAUCUGUUAGACACUGUGAUAUGAAUCUGAAGAUGACAACUGAGAAGUCAAAGACAAGCGGGAAUUGGAAGCAAACAAUAAUAGCAGAGGAACAAUGAACAGAAUCAUUUCUUAGGAGUCUUAGAAACACACAAGGAAGUGUCCAAAGAUGCUCUCUCCAUCGCCUCUUACACAAGUUUGCAGUAAGCUGGAAAACUGCUGAAUCUGUAUGGUACCACAGUUGGAGGGGCAAGAAUAAGAAACAACAUUUUGCCAGUCAGCCAGUGAAAAUUAUACAGUGAAAAAAGUAAAAAUAGCACGAACUGUAGAAUACAAUGAACACUGUGGGAUCCUUUAUUUACACAUGUAGUGUUCCUAAUAAUUGUGAUGUCUGUUUUUGAACAGCUGGUGGAGCAUUACUCCUACAAACCUGACGGCCUGCUGAGGGUGCUGACAGACCCCUGCGCCAGACCUGGGGGAGACACGGGUAAAAAACACACACAAUGAUCAAGAAACACCAUUUUAUACCUUUGAAAAAAUUUCUUGACAUUUUUUUGACAUUUUAAGGAAACAAGACCAUCAGUGACAACAUUAAUAAUGUUUAUACUGUUAUUUUUAAACCUGAAACUGGCGCCAGUGGAGGGUGUUAGUGGAGCGGCUGAAGAAAAAGCCCUGUUUUUACAUUUUCCACUAUAAAUAUUUACAAUAGAUUAUACAUCUAAAUGUUGAAAGGUGUUAGGAUAAGUUUCGUUUUACUAGAAGACCCCACUUAAGCUUGCAGAUGACAAGAUAAACAAAGACUCACUUGUCCACAGGGGGUGCCAAAUUGACAAAAAAACCAAAAGCUCCCAACAGGAACUUCAAGCUGAAAAUGAUGGAAAAUGUGAAAAAAUAUGUUUGUAUUCAUACUUUUUACAUUUUAUUUCGACAGCUUCGUUAGGACCACCUUUGCUCCCACAUGACCAUCCAGGAUUCAGCUCAGUUGUGGUAAGUUGAGACUAUUUUUCUCAAUCUGCACGUACGUCUGUGUGUAACUCAGUGGUGCAUUUGCAUUUGGUCUCUGCCCUGUGCUCAUGCCCAAAAAACAGGAAGUGACGUAAUGCAGUUACAUGUCUGAAAAUGUAAAAAUGUUGUUAGUCCUUCGGCACACUGGUUCAUACAUUUGUCUUUAUUUUUAGAUAUUUUACAUGUUAACUCUCUGUUAACUUUCUGUGAAAUGGAAAAAAAACCACUUUUCUCACUUCCCUCUUGUUUCUUUUUAUGCAGACACUUUAUUUUUGAUUGGUUCACUUUUUUUUUUCUAUAAAUGAUAAGAUCAUUACUGUAAACCAGCCCACAGAGCAUUGGAUUAAAUAUGUGUCAACACCCAAAUUUAUCAGUCAUUUCCGCUGGUAACCAGUCUGUUAAUGAUAAAUUGAUAUUAUUGAAGUAUCAUAACUGAUGUGCCCAUGUGAAACACACAUCCCAGGAUAUGCAGUGAGUUCUGCUGUACCAUACCAUCACCAGUAUCAGGAUUUCUAUAUGUCUAAAAUCUGUAUAAAAUCAUAACCAUAAAAGGUAGACAUGCUCGGGAGCUGCAGGUUUUAAGACAGUGUUGUACGCUGAUGUGUGUUCAGUCAAGCGUUAUAAUAUAUAACCCAGUUUCAUCAUCUACAGAACAUAACAUCAUUAAAAUAUUCAGAGAAUGUGGUUAAGACAAAACCCCACAGAGAGUAAACCAGACAUGACCAAGAAUCACUGUCCACAAUAUCAUGAAUACAAACUGUAUGUUGAAAUCUGAGCAAAUAAGCGCUCCACCUCUGAAGAUACAACCAGAGAAGAUCAGAGGAUAAUUCUUUCCUUCCUAGUUUUGGUAACAGUCUUUUUAUUUUGGUCUUCCUCUUCCUGUUCAGUAAUUAACACUGAGUCGUUGUGUACAGUAUGAUCACAGUGUUUCUGACUUCCUUUCAUUCGCAGCUGAUGAGUCAGUCAGUCAGUCAGUUGACUCAGUUUUUGCUCUGUCAGAGAUAAAUUUGGAGUUGACCUUUGACUCUGAAUUUUUUUCCUGUGAAAUUGUCACGUGUUACUGAAACAUGAGCGAGUUAGCAUCUAAAAAUCUCUCUGACGUUUUGGUUUUUCAGCACGGUGCUGCAGAAUUUCUCAACAAACUCAAAACUGUUCCCAUACCAGGCCGAAGAAAGGUGCUCUAACCCUCCUCCUCCUCCUCUUCCUCCUUGUAAACCUGAAUGUUUCUGAGAUGUCUGACCCCCUCCCCCCUUAAUGCUGUGUGUGAUUGGCUUCAGUGUGCUCACUAACACACCUCAGUCUUCCUUUCACCUGUAGCCUUUCCAAAAGCUCACCUGACACAAACAUAUUUUACAGUUUGUGUAGCGUCCCCUUCAUGCUUGAUCUGUGAUAGACAUCUAAUGCCACCCAGAGGUUUCUCGAUGCAACUACACUAUGGACCACAACCAGCAGUCAAACCCAGGUCACAGCAGGUCGUUGUGUCUGUCCUGAUCCGAGGGCCUCUCCAUCUUCCUCUGACUUGAUGUGGAGGAUAUAACUAGUGCAUGAUUUCCAAGUGAAUUCUGUUAUUUUAACCUCUCAACCUAAAUUUGAACAGAAUUCUUAGUCUUAACUAAAAGGUAAAAUUUUAAAAGAUUAUUUCUACCUUUGGGACCAAUAAGAGCAUUUUCUCUAGAGGGUAAUCUCAUUUGGUUCUAUUUUUCUUUAACCCUUAAAAAUUUGCAGUGACCUUUUGUUUUGCGGAUUUUGUAGAGCAAACUUGACAGCCUGACAGCAUCCAGGUCCGACUGUUUUCUCUGUGCCACUGCCAUUCACAAAAUGUGUUGUGUGACGUUUGAGUGGGAGCAAGAAAAUCGAAUAGCUUACUUCAUUGCACAAGAUAUAAUUAAUGAAACAAUCCAACUUUUUCCUCACGUAAUUCAAGGAACAGAAAAACCUGACAUAUUUGGGCCUGUGUUAAAUAUUUUCUCACCAUACAUUUGAGUCAAAAGAUGGUAAAUAUCGACCAACAUUAACCCUAACAUAUACCUGUAUCGAAUCUCAAAAUGUGGACCCAAAGACGGCCUGCCUCCACGUGGAUUUGUAGAGCUACAGCUCAUGUUGGUUGUGGUCUUUGGAAAAGGAAGCAGCACCUCACACUGAAAUGAAUCCCCUCUGACACUUCAGAUUUAGUUUGCUAACUCUGUUUGAGCUUUUUGCACCUCGCGCCUUUCUUUGUUUGUUCACUUUAAACUUUUGUUUGUGCGCUGGCUGGAAGAUUUUUGACCCUCUGGACAGCAGAGCUAGAGAUUCAAAAUAGAUGUUAGCAAGUCUGGCCGGUUCACUUUUUUUAAAGGCGAGGUUUGGGACAUAUUUAGCACGUAAACAAGCCGUUGGUUUGAGAGGCUGUUUGCUAAACCUGCUCCAUCCUCGUCUUUAAAUGCAUGUAUAAUAACGAUAACCCUGUGCAUUACUUUUCUUUCUCUAAUACCCUUCUAUGAUCCACCCUUUGAAGCCGAGUUUAAUGGGCAUCAUGUGUUACAGUGACACUGAAACAAACAAACAAAAUCCAGAAACCAGAGUGCACUCAGCUUUACCUCAGAGGAUAAAGACAUUUGAAUCUUUGGAGUAAUCCAGUUUGGCUGAUGCUUUCACUGUAACACAGGAGCUAUUUAAACAGAUAACCCCUGCUGAAUGAGAGAAUGAUCUAUUGAAUGAACUACAUUAUAGCAGAGCAGCCUAUGACAAUAGUCUUUGUGUUAUUUUCCUUAUUUUUUUUUCUCUGUUUGUCCUCCUCUCUGAUAAACUGCAAACAGAGCCAUUCAUCCCGACAAAAGAACUCUGAUAAUCUCAACCCUUACGAAAUCAGACCGCCCAACGGUCAGGCCGGCAAAGGUGAGUCCGAUGCAGCAAUUCAUUUCACUGUCUCAAACAUUCUCACUUUUUAAAACAGUAUUUACUGUUUCUAAGAUAAAUUGACACAUCACCUCAAUGAUAAAGUGCUGGUGACCCGGGGGUCUCUGCAUGUGCCCCACACAGCACCCACACUCUUUCUCUUUUUCCACAGGCCUGUCCUCUAAAUUAAAUCUCUGAAAUUAUAUUAAAAAAAAACAUUUUAAAGGACAUAAAAAAGCAUGUUUGUAGAAGGUACUGAGAAACCCAAAACCCAAGUUCUUUUAAGUGUCCAUGUGCCUGCAUGCCUGUCCAAAUCAUUUAUUAUUUAGUUAGUUUUUCAUCUUUCUCUUCCAAGCCUGCUGACCUGAGCAGCUGCAGGCAGAAGAGGACAUUUGUGUGUUGUGUCUGCAAAUAGAGCAGAAUCAAAUGAUCUGUCUGAGAGUUAAGUGCUGGAAAAAUUAUCAGAGCAUACACUUAAUCUGAGAUUAAUGCUUGUGUCAGGGUCUCUCAAAGUUAGUUUGAUUAAAAGGCAGAGUCAACCCUGUCUGCAGAAAACUGUAGCCGAGCAUGCGGCCCGAUCUCUGGGUGGUUGUCCAUCAAAGGGGCCUAGUUGACAGUCUCGUUAGUCCGACCAGAGGUUUUUUUUGUCAACAUCACACAAAAUGUUUUCCUUGCAAUGCUCUGCAGAAAAAAAAAACUUUUACUUUGGGCCAGCAUAACCAGUAUCUGUGAUAUCCUAACCUGCAGCAUUUCACAACAUGAAAUGAGGUCACCUGAUCCUGUAGCCACUGGUGCUUAACUUCCUCCACCCAUAGCCCAACUCAAAGGGAUACUCUUAUUAAAGAGAUGAAAAGCGGUUCUCCGUAGUACUCUGAUGAAGCAACUUUCUGGGGUAAAUUUAUGUCGAACAGACUGAUGUGUCAAUCUCUUCAUCCUUGCAUUUAUUUUAUUCCUCCAUCAGAGGCCAUGCCGAUGGACACAGAGGUUUAUGAAAGUCCGUAUGCAGACCCUGAUGAACUGAGGAGCUCCACAGUGGACAGAGAACACCUUAUGCUGGAGGAUGGAGAGCUGGGCUCUGGGAACUUUGGGACAGUUAUACGAGGAAUCUACACGAUGAGGAAGUAUGUUGAAUCACAUCCCUUAGCAAAUAGCAGUAUACUUAAAGUUCAUUUUAUUUACUAUGCUUGAGUAUAAGUGUAUAAGUAAAUCAAGUAUACUACCGACCAUGUACUUUUAGUGUUCUACAAAAUAUACUAAUUUAACACUUCUUAAGACUAAAUUAGUUUUAGUUUAUCAAAUCAAGUUUUAGUUUAUAAAAGUAUACUUCAAGUAUACUCUGUAAGUUAAUUUUAAGACAACCAUUGCCAAACCCUUAUGAAAAGGACUAGAACAUGAUCAAUAAAUUCAAGUCAAAUGUUUUUCUGUCUUUGUUUAUGAUUUUAAGGCACAUAAAGAUAAUGUAAUUGAACACACAUACUAUUUACUGUAAGUGUUUAAACUUCAGCAUUUUAUCAUAUUAAUAUAUAAACUAAAUGUUAAGCACAAGUCAAUGACAUGGCCUUAUUAUGUACUUGGAUCAGGAUACACAAAGUAUAAGUAUAGUUGAGGCAGAAAGACAUAAAACAUAAACUAAAGUACAAGUAUAAGCUUCACUAUUAAAGCAUAAGUGUAAGUGUUAGUAUUAAUGUACUUAGUCUUAGACUUUUGUUUACACUUUUCAGUAUGAGCCAAGUAUACUUCACUUUACUAUUCUUAAGUAUAUAAAAUAUAGUUUAUAAAAAGUCAACUUCAAGUAAACUUCCACAGUUUUAGUAUAAAAUAAGAAUACUCAAAUUACACUUGAAUGAACUACUUUUUGCUAAUGGAUGACACCAACGUGUGGUCAUGUGAGGGCAAUAGAGCACUCAACACUUUGCAACCCCUUUAACUUAAACCAAUCUUCCUUAGUGCAAAUGUUACCAAUCACAAUCUGUAGAAAUAUUUUUGACUUGGUGAUGUUAAAAGAAAAAAGAAGCGUCUCAGGUAUCCCAACUCUAAACUUUCUCUUUAUAUUAGGACAAAGAAGCAGGUCGCAGUUAAAAUUCUGAAGAAUGAUGACAACAACCAGUCGGUACGCGAGGAGAUGCUGAGAGAAGCUAAUGUGAUGCAGCAGCUGGAUAAUCCCUACAUUGUCAGGAUGAUUGGGAUCUGCGAGGCUGAGAACCUGAUGCUUGUCAUGGAGCUGGCUGAGCUCGGACCGCUCCACAAGUUCCUGCAAAAAAACAAGUAUGUCCCCCAAAAACUGCAAAAAAAUAUUUGUUCUUGAAACCUGCAGGAAAACAUGCAGGGACUUCAGUUAAUUUAAUAAAUGAUUUGUUACUUAGGCAGACCAGCAUAAAGAACAUCACAGAGCUGGUCCAUCAGGUGUCCAUGGGGAUGAAAUAUCUGGAGGAACAUAACUUUGUCCACAGAGACCUCGCUGCCAGAAAUGUCCUGCUGGUUACACAACAUUACGCCAAAAUCAGCGACUUCGGACUCUCUAAGGCCGUCGCUGAGGACCAAAACUACUACAAGGUAACUUAAGGCAGUUAGGGAUACAUACAGAAACCCAUGACAUAGCCACUUAUGAUCCCCAUAACAUCAGGGAUGCUGGCUUGGAGCUGAGAGCUGAUAACAAGCACAGUGGUCCCUCGACCCUUUAGGAUGCAUUUAGAUAUGGGAGUGUCUACGAUUUAAUUAAAAAAAAAGUUGAAUUUUGAAAUCUGAAAACAAAACUUCCUGUUAAUAUCUGUUAAUAUCUUUGCCAAAGGUGAAAACCUUUUCUGAUGUGUGUGUGUGUGCGUGUCUUCCCCUGCAGGCAAAGGCUCAUGGGAAAUGGCCAGUAAAGUGGUACGCUCCUGAGUGUAUAAACUACUUCAAGUUCUCCUCCAAGAGUGACGUGUGGAGCUUCGGUGUGCUCAUGUGGGAGGCUUACUCUUACGGACAGAAACCGUACAAGGUAAGACUCACCUGUACCUGACCUGAGGUUGUGAGAGACACUGAGAGGAUUCCUGUCUUAGUGAUAGAUUAGUGAUAGAUGAUUAAACCCCAUCAAGCUUUGGGCCUGUUUUUCCAUUAUGUGUCAGAGAAAAUUUGAAGCUUUUAACCUUUAAACCUUUAACCUCCAGGUGAUACCAGUGGGCUUGUAACAUUAAUGACAGCUUUCUCAGUGAUGGUCGAAAAAACACAAAAACGUUCAUUCUUACGUUCAUCAUUUUAGCCUUUCCAAAGAAAUAAGUCUGAGAAGCCUGCAGGUCCUGAAAUAAAAACUAUUCCAUCACAUCUUAGCCUCCUUUUAUUGGCUCCCUGUUGGAUUUAGAAUUGAAGUUAAGAGUUUACUGAUCACUUUUAAAGCAGUUGCGGGUCUGGCUCUGAGCUACUUAACUGAAAUGAACCACCCUGCAGCCUCAGAUUCUCAAGUGAGAACCUCCUGGUCUAGAAGUAAAAUAGUUUCCUCAACCUGUCUGUUCUGAAUCAUUUCCUCGGACAGAAUUUUUGCACAGGCAUUAAAUUUUCCCUGUACAGCUGAGGUUUUGUUCAGAGAUUUAGUUUAGGUGAUCAUUUUUGACGUGUUUUAUGAUGUUUUUUCAGGGGAUGAAGGGAAAUGAUGUGAUGCAGAUGAUUGAGAGUGGGCAGAGGAUGGACGCUCCCAUGAACUGUCCCCCUGAGAUGUACGACCUGAUGAGGACCUGCUGGACUUACAAGUAAGUGACUAAGGACUCUGGGAAAUUUGCUUUGUUAUAACUUUAUCCAGCAAAAGUGAAUUGGAUCAGUUUGGUUCUGUAUCAGUGGCUUGUUUAUUUUAUAUCAUUCUUGCCUAAAUCAGUUUAAUGACCUCUGUCUGUUCUCUGUUUCAGGGCGGACGAGCGUCCUGGAUUCAGUGUGGUGGAGCCCAGACUACGAGAGUACUAUUACGACAUUUCACAGUGAUUUCCUCACAGGUUUAUGGGACUAUGCAAACUAUAUGACAUGAUGAGAAAAUACUGCUAUAUGAGUGACAGGUUUGAGUUAUAAGUGCUGCAGUAAGUUAUGGAUUUAUUCAAACUUUAAAACCACAAUUAUGCAAAUGUGUUUUUUUUUUAUUUUGUUACUUUACUCUCCUUCCUGAAUGUAAACAAUAAUAAAGUUCUAAUAAACAGAAUGAACUUUCAUUUUUCUGCUGCGAACUACA